UUUAUCAACAAGGUUUCUUCAUCCGUGUCAACGACUUUUCCCAGAAGACGAGCAACUUUACCUUACGUCUUCUUCUUCUUCUUCUUCUUGUCUGCAGCUCAAUCAUCUGCAAAAUCAAGGUCUUACGAGCGUAAUUAAGCUUCAUGGGUGAUGGUCCUAAAGGAAUACAAAUAUUUCCUGAUUAUUUUGUAGCGUCAACUUCUUGUUCAAACUCUCCUCCAAACCACAGCCACCUUCAAUCGCAGCUUAGGUGUAAUAGCCAUAGUUGGGCUCGAAGAAGAUUAAGAACUGCCACAUCCAUGUUGAACUUAUUCAGCCUAAAAAGACUAUCUUGGAGAUUAGGUGCAAAUGGUCAGGAAAAGGUUGUACUAAGUGCCGUGGAGUUGGAAUCUCUUCGUUCAGAAAUAGCUGCUUUAGAAGAAAGGGAAUCUCACUAUAAAGCGCAGUUGGAGCAUAUUGAUGAAAUAUUGAGAUCUGCUCGUCUAUCAGGCUAUCUGUUCUUACGCACGAGAUGGGCAGCAUUACCAGGAGAACCUCCUCCAAUUGAUGAUACUGAAGUUGAUGAUUGGCUUCCACGCUUUGUUGUCCUUCAAGGAUCCUGUAUCUAUUUGUACAUGUUAGCUACAGAUUUAAGUCCCCAGGACUCAACCCUUCUAUCUGACGUUGUUGAAGUUGGUUCUCUCCCUUGCCUAACACGAGAAGACGAAGAAACUCGAUAUUGUUUUUAUAUAUUAACACGUCAUGGGUUGCGAUAUGAGUGCUCGAGCACAUCUAAGAUUCAGGUUGAUUCUUGGUUGGCAACACUGCAGAUUGAGUGCAAGUUGUCGUCGGAUUCUGAAAAUCUCAACAGUCCAGAGAAGUCUCAGAUCUGCAGAUCUGCGAGGUCUUUCCUUUCUGCUGCUUCGAAGCAGUCAUCUCGUUCAUUUUCCGGAGGGCGAGCUGCAGCAGCAGCAGCUGCAGUUUCAUCCCGAGGAAGAGUGUCAUCUCUAGUUUCAUUUGGUACAUCUGAGUCGGGAAAUGCCUAUAGGAGUUGGAUUUAUGGUGCCCUUGUCCUUCCAACAGCAGCUAUCAUGCUUCAGGACCAAGAGGCACAUGCUGCUGAGAUGGAGAGAACUUUUAUUGCCAUCAAGCCUGAUGGAGUGCAAAGAGGACUGAUUUCAGAAAUUGUUUCCCGGUUUGAACGAAAAGGUUUUAAGCUUGUGGCCAUCAAGAUUGUGAUUCCUUCAAAGGACUUCGCCGAGAAGCAUUAUCACGAUCUCAAGGAAAGACCUUUCUUUAAUGGGUUGUGCGAUUUCCUUAGCUCUGGACCAGUUGUUGCCAUGGUUUGGGAAGGUGAAGGGGUGAUCAAGUAUGGCCGUAAACUCAUUGGAGCCACUGAUCCUCAGAAAUCUGAACCUGGAACUAUCAGGGGAGAUUUAGCUGUUGUUGUCGGGAGAAAUAUCAUUCAUGGUAGCGACGGACCUGAGACUGCCAAGGAUGAAAUCAACCUAUGGUUUAAACCUGAGGAGUUGGUUAGUUACACGAGCAAUGCUGAGAAGUGGGUCUAUGGUGUCAACUGAUGACAUUCUUUUAGUUAUCUCUUCACAAAUUCAGUCCAACUUAGGUCUUAAACGAGGAUUGGGUGAAAGCAAAAUGAUCGGAAUAAUACGCUUCAUGGCAACUACCAGCUGAAGUCAACUACUGCAAUAAUGUAUUACCGAACUUCUAUUUCACAUCUUGACUCUAUACAUUUUUGAUCUUUUUAUUGAUGAACUCCCCUUUCCUUUA